AUGUCGGAGGUGCUUGAGGUGCCGAAUUCUGCAGCCCCGUGUCCUGAGCUGCUGCUUAGUGACCGGCCCAAGAAGAGACGUGUGCUUCCGCUUUGGGCCCAGGUUGCUGGGAAUGAACUGGCGAGCCCAUCCCUUGCAUCGCGACGCGAGAAGCCAGCGGGCCGAUGCUGCCCUCGACGUCUGUUCCGAUGGGCGCCGAUCAGGUAUCCUGACCAAAAGAGGGCUUCCUGCUGA